UACAUAAUUAGUGAUGUUUCUUUCAACCUUGUUAAGAUCCAUGGAUGUUUUCACUUAUCUACCAUGAAAUUCAUAUCCUACCAAACGAAGCUGAGACAUUGCACCUUAAUCCCACUCUCCAUUUAUUUGAUCCCCCACCUCAAACACCAACAUAGGUGGCCAAAAAGGAAUAAAAAACAGCUUCUUGCACCAGCACUUUCAUUUGCUGGAGCUGUGAAUCUCUGUGUGUGUGUCUCUGAAGCAUGCCUACACCAACUGUUGGAAGACAUGCAUUUGAGGGAAGCGCGAGCCGCCGCGGAGCCGAGAGGCGGGUGCAAUCCAAAAGCCCAAAGCAUCUACAAAGGGUGUACCCAGUGGGCAUUCACAGGAGCAGCUCAAAUCUCUCUCUCUCAUCCCUAUCUCUGUCCCAGAAUUCAAAUGACUCUUCUGUCAAUAGCUCUAUCUUGAGCUGGGAUAGAAAGGUGGCCUCAUCUUUCCAUAGUAUUUUUGGCAACUGGGAAAGGAGGGGGCUCUCAAAUGGGUGUUUAGAGAAGGGCAAGUUGGGAACUGGAGAGGCUGUGUCAUUAGAGAGGACUGAGGAAAUUGUGGAUGAUGAUCUUGUGAGCCAGGAAUGGGUGUGUGGGGAUUCUGGGAGCUUGAACAGGUGCAGUUGGAUAACUAAAUUCAGUGAUGAAGUUUACGUCUCGUUCCACGACGAAUGUUGGGGCGUCCCGAUUUACAACGAUAGCCGACUCUUCGAGUUACUUGCAUUUUCCGGCAUGCUCAUUGAUCAUAACUGGACCGAAAUUCUCAAGAGAAGGGAGCUGUACAGGGAAGCGUUUGCGAGAUUCGACCACAACAUGGUCGCGAAAAUGGAGGAGAAUGACAUCAUGGAGAUAAGCUCCAAUAAGGAGCUCAUGUUAGCAGAGUGUAGGGUGAGAUGCAUUGUGGACAAUGCAAAGUGCAUUCAAAAGGUUGCUAGGGAAUUUGGAUCAUUCAGUGGCUACAUAUGGGGCCAUGUAAACCACAAGCCUAUGGUUAGCAAAUUCAGGCACCCAAGAAGUGUCCCCUUUAGGACUCCGAAAUCGGAAGCAAUUAGCAAGGACUUGGUGAGGAGGGGGUUCCGGUUGGUCGGGCCGGUAAUUGUGUACUCUUUCAUGCAGGCCGCGGGGAUGGCCAUCGAUCACCUCGUCGACUGCUUCCGGUUCAGCGAGUGUGUUCGGCUCGCAGAGAGAUCAUGGGGCAUGACAAAUGUUGCUAUGUAGUAGUGUUGUAACACAUUUCUCUGCUAAAAACUGGGGAUCUGCAUCAAUAUACAGUUUUGUGGAUAAACAGAUAUGGAAUGUGAUGUAAAUUUUGGAGUUUUGGCUAAAUAUUCAUGUCUUGUGGUAGUUUGACUUGACAAAAUGGAAGUUUUCCAUUUCCUUUUUCGCUUUGUUCUCUUUCAGAGUUAGUAAGUCAUAAAAUAUUGUAUAAGAAAUCAUGACUGUCGCAAAUAAUUUUCCAUCAAAGAGGAUCAGUAACUUUCAAAUUUGUUUCA